AUGGCACCCAGCAGAAUAAUGGGUUACACGCUUGUUGAAGGCGACAGCUUCGAGCACUUUGACGGAAGUGAGCACACGGCACCGCCUAAGAUGGCACAUUUUGAGGGUUUAGGGAGUGGUUCUCGUUCGCGUGCCGACCUUAAAGCUGCAUCCUGCGAGCGCGUGUGGUGUGCCCCUACACACAGAUGGCUGCAUACGUGCCGCUUCACGAGAAGAAAUACCAGGAGAAGCAUUCAUAACGCAUGCAAAUGCCAACCGGCCGUGCUAGUGUGCUCAGAUCAGGAACUGCAGACGAAGCAGCCAGUAUACGCCUCUUCGGCAGCAGAGGCGCUACGAGGGGGAAUGACCCGAAAUAUACAUCAGUUCCGCGGUUCAGGACCCGAACACGGCCAGCAGGCAAAACUGCAGCACGCGUAUGCGCGUUUGUCUCUCUGCCGCGCGCGCGCGAAUGGACGUACCGAGCGGAAGGCGCCGCACCAGUUUCAGAGCCGAUGGGAGUUUCUUACCUGGUUGGAAGAAGCUAGACCGGCAACUGUUUCAGACGGGCUCUGGCAACCGACUGCAGCAGCUAUCGGCGCUUCUGGCCACGCGGCCCGCGCCGUCCUGAGCGCGGCUGUGCACGUGAAGUCGACCAGACUCGGCUCGCCGGCGCUGCCGUACACAUACAAGCACCUACACACGCACGCGUACCAACGCCGUACAGUCGAAUUUCACGUGCACUCCCGGCCGCGGCCACAACUGUGCCGCCUACCUACACGCCACUUACACGCGUACGCCCCUGUGUAUGCGAAGGCGGUUCCUAUUUUAGGCAUAUCCAUGGACGCCUCCACGGACGCGCCCCUGGGGCAGAGAGGCUGGGCUGCAGGGCAGCGACUCACGGCGAGGCAUCCUGAGGCCGCGAGCGUGUGGGGUCGGCAGGGGCUGGUGGACGCGAAGGCUGCUCUACUGGUAGUGGCGCCUACCUCAUCGCCGCAGAUGUCUCUCCUUCUGCUGCUGGGGACGCGGAUGCUACUACAGGCCCACUUCUUCUUCGGGCGGUCACGACUCGCAGCCUGCGUCCAGCAAAAAGGUGUUGGCGCUGACAGAUCAGCUUUGUCUCUGGGAGUGCCGUCCUACUCCCGUGAAAGCUGCUUCCUGCGACUCGCAGCAUCGGUAAUAUGA